UCAGUCUCCAACGCAGCCAUGGGCUUGUUCAACCGCAAAAAGCCCAAUGCCGCAGACGACGAUGCCUCGGAAUCCAAGAAGGAAAAGGGUGGCUGGAGGCGCCCUGCAAAUACUGCCUUCAAGCAGCAGCGGCUCAAGGCAUGGCAGCCAAUUUUGACUCCAAAGACAGUGCUACCGACUCUCUUCAUUAUUGGAAUCAUCUUUGCGCCAGUAGGCGGUCUCCUCAUCUGGGCGUCGUCAAAGAUCAACGAAAUGACUUUCGACUAUACCGACUGCGACCAACUAUCUCCUGCAACAUCCAUAGACGACGCUUCAUUCACCACAAUGCCCUCAAACAAAUACAAUUACCGUUUGAGUGCAGAGAACGAGAAGCUACCGAAACCUAGCGCACCUCGCUAUGCCUUCAUCAACAACACUGGGACCUCGGACGUCGAUGUGUCUGAAGAGCUGCAAUGUGUCGUGGAGUUUGAUAUUCCAGCAGACUUGCAACCAUCCGUCUUCUUUUACUACAAGCUCACCAACUUUUAUCAAAAUCACCGUCGAUAUGUCAAGUCUCUCAACACCGACCAGCUAAAGGGCAAGUUUGUCAGUGCCAAGGACCUUGACAACGGCGAUUGCAAGCCCCUCGCCACGAUUGACGGCAAACCUAUCUUCCCUUGCGGUCUCAUUGCCAAUUCUCUAUUCAAUGAUACAUUCGGGUCCCCAAUCUUGGUCAACCCCGGAAACUCCGACGAACCUGAACGCCCCUACGAAAUGACAUCGAAAGGCAUUGUUUGGCCCGGUGAGGCAAAGAAAUACGCCACCUCCCCAAUUGGUCCAGACGGCUAUGACAGCCCCUCAGACAUUGUACCACCGCCCAACUGGGCCAGGCGCUUCCCGGACGGCUACACAGAAGACAACAUCCCUGACCUCCGCAACGACGAGCACUUCCAGAACUGGAUGCGAACUGCUGGCUUACCCACCUUCACCAAGUUGUAUUCCAGGAAUGACCAAGAUACCAUGCUCAAGGGCACGUACAGAGUCGUUAUUGGAAUGAACUUCCCAGUACGACCUUACAAGGGUACCAAAUCCUUUGUCAUUUCAACUGUAUCAGCCAUCGGAGGUAAAAACCCAUUCCUCGGUUGGGCUUACGUUGCUGCUGCGGGAGUUUUCGUACUGCUCGCAGUCUUGGGUCUUGCACGACACUUGAUCAAGCCAAGACGACUGGGAGACAUGUCCCUCCUGUCCUGGAACCGAUGA